AUGGCACCUGCGUUAGUUCAGUUAUGGAAAACACAAGCGAGUCUAGCGAAGCUCGUGCGGUAUUUGACGCAGGAUGAUCUCAAAGUAUGUCGCCUGGCCUGCCGAGAUCUCGCUGUAAUAUUAGCACCACUCCUCUUCGCAGAUACUACAAUUGUCUUUCGCAGUGGCACGUUGACUAGGCCAUCUCGUCUUGCAGUUCUCGGGCGGAUUGGGACACACAUCCACACCCUAACCUUUAAGAUGUCGCACACACCGGAGACCUUUUUACCUCCGGUGAUCAACUCGACCACGGGAAAGGAACAGACCUUCGUAUACAUGCCUCCGAGUCGCGAGAUGGCCCCAAAGAUUCCACGGUACGGAACCUGGGAAAUGACCGACCUGUUGGUGAAACAGUAUCCGCCCUUAUUCCACGCAGCAACCGAUGUCCAUGCAUUCGUGAGAGCACUGUCGUCGAUGCCGAACCUGCAACAUCUCCGCAUCAAUUGCGAGGGUCAACCACCCAGUCAUCGGUAUCGUCGUAGUAUCGUGGAUUAUGCGCUCAUAUCGUUGCGGAUGGCAGUCGAGCAGGCACCGUUGAGUCGACUCGAUAGGCUUUCUUUGAUCUCUAUUCAUCCAGCAGCAGUUCUGUACCUCCAGCCAACGAUGGGAUUCGGCGCAUCUCCUGCCUCGCGUAGGCGUUGGCACCAGAUACGCCAUUUGACCAUUCUCAUGACGAGUUUCUCCUACCAAGUUGGUCCCACGGAUCACUUGAAGCUCCUCCAUGCCUAUUUGCAAAGCUUCCCCACACUCCGUGUAUUGAGGUUUCAUUGGCAAGGCCAUAAGGGACUAUCGCCGAUCUCGCUGGCGACAGAACCAUGGCUUCAAAGGCGAUACAACAAACGAGCGGCUGUGUGUGGCAUUCCGAAAGCCAGAGUAUCCCUCAGGCCUUUGAGACUGCACACUCUCCAGGAGAUGGAGUUGGUCAAUGUGACUAUUGACGCAUCUCAAAUCGCUUCAUUCAUCCUCGAUCAUCGACAUUCCCUGCGCGAGUUCAAUCUUCAAGACGUCGCCUUGCGAACGGGAAGCUGGGACGAAGCACUGGCACCUUUAACUCAGCUCAGCGGGAGUGACCACUGGAAAGAGGCGCAGAAACACGAAAGCGCGUUUAACGUCCCCAUUGUCUUGAGCCCGGCUGGAGUCAGCCAGAAGCAAUUUCAAAGGGUUCUCCAAGCAGUCGAUCGACCAAGGGAUGGUUCGUGGGUUUUGGCAAGGACACGGGUGCGUGAUAAGGUCUUGGGGGGGAUCGGAUCCUAUGAAGCGGCUGCUACCGGUGUCAGUGCUAAGCUGGCGGUGACGUCGAGGGCACGCGAGAACUGUUGGGGCAAAGGAAAUUGGAAAUGGGGAUGUCGAUCCCUCGGAGGGAAAGGAUUUCAUGUGUAUCCGCACGGAAGAAGGAGAGUGUGGAGAAAGCGCGGAAUCACGGGGAGGCGGGCCUCGGUCAUGGGCGGAUCACAUGUGGGCAGCUUCAUCUACCAGCUAUAA